CCUCUUUCCCUCCCCUUCCCCCAAAAAUUUAUUUCCUUUUCCCCGGAAACAAUUUUCUCAUUUCCAUUGACUCUCCCUCCCCCCUCCCUCCCCUCUCUCACUCUACAAAGGAAGGAGCCGAUUUUCUCAGCCGCCUUCACUUUGCCCCAAAAACUCUGCUCGCCAUUCUCAAAACCAACCCCCCUCUCUCCUCUCUACUCCCAAGCUUCACUUUGUUUCUUGAGCAAUCCUCUGUUUUCUUUCUAUUUCUUCGUUUUCUCCUCCGCCAUUGGCUCAUUGGGUCGUUGUUUCAAGCUGGCGAUCGAUAGUCAGGACACUGCUAUCAAGCCCAAGAACAGGAGAAUCAUGGGUGCUGGAGGUCCAGAUGAAGUGGACUGUGGCGGUGGCAGGUGGCCGCCAUGGUUGAAGCCACUGCUAAGGGAGCGGUUCUUCGUUCAAUGCAAAAAUCAUGCCGAUUCCCACAAGAGCGAGUGCAAUAUGUACUGCUUGGAUUGUAUGAAUGGCCCCCUCUGCUCUCUCUGCCUCGCCUACCACAAGGACCAUCAGGCCAUUCAGAUAAGGAGGUCUUCCUACCAUGAUGUGAUCAGGGUGAACGAGAUACAGAAGGUACUGGACAUCACUGGCGUCCAGACCUAUGUAAUCAACAGUGCUAGAGUCGUGUUCUUGAACGAAAGGCCUCAGCCAAGGCCGGGUAAAGGUGUCACCAACACUUGUGAGGUCUGUGAGCGCAGUCUCCUUGACUCCUUCCGCUUCUGCUCACUUGGUUGCAAGAUUGUGGGGACAUCAGGGAACUUCCAGAAGAGCAGGAAGCAGCAGCAAUUAACUGCAAUGGGAUCGGACUCAGAGGAAUCCUACAACAGCAGCAGCAGCCAUAGCCAUGGAGUGAGGCAUUUUAAGAGCAAGUACAAUGGCGUUGGUGGUGGUGGGCAUUAUAGCAAUAUCAUCGACAGAAUCGAGAGCUUCUCUCCGUCAACACCACCUCCAACUUCGACGAGUUUCAGGACAGCAAAGCGCAGGAAGGGGAUACCUCAUAGAGCCCCCAUGGGAGGGCUCAUCAUAGAGUACUGAAGGCAAAUGGUAAAUUUUUAAUGAAUGAAACUGAAGAAUGGAUGGUGGUGUUUGUUAUACAGAGAAAAACAGAGAGUAGUGUAUUGUAAUUUGCUUCCUUUUGGUUUCUUUUUGGUGGCAUCACUCAUCAAUAGCCCUUUCUCAUCAGCUUGGUGGGGAAAGGGGCAUAAUGUUUAUACAGAAGCAGUAGGGCAAUCACAAGUGGGGGAUGAAGUCUGGAAAAAGGAUGAAUGCAUAUAUAGUUGAAAAUGAAGGUGGAAAGGUAGUAGAAGUAGAAUUACUUUGUUUGUAGUGUAUGGAGUAGAAGACUAUGUUUGCAUAUAGCUGCAAAAUAAUGGUUUAAACCACCAAAAGCAAGAACAUAGCAUCAUCUUCCCACUUGUUUGUUCAUAUAACAAGAAGUGUAAAUAUACUUUAGCUAGAUAGCAUCUUUCCACUUGUUCUCUGUUGCGUAGAAUGUGAUAAAGCUUAUAUAUAAUGGUGUCCAUUCCAAGUGGAGAAAGGAAUGGCUUGUGAUAAUGUAUAUAUGUAAUGUGUGUAUAUAUUUUGGAAAGGAGAAGAACCCAGAAAGUAAUAAAGAGGAGGGUUGGUAUUCCUUGUAAGAUUCGGAUUUCUUCCUCUUUUCCCUCCUUCCAAUAAAUGGAUGGUGGUAAGUGGUGUUUCAUAAGUUGAUGUUAUUCCCCAGUUUUGGAAAGCUUGAUGGCUGACAACAUUUCUUCUAUCAUGAUGACUCGAACUCGGAAGCUAGCCCGAUCGAUACCAGAUGAUUGUAGUUUUCAGAAGUGGCGUUGAGCAAUAUAAGUUAUGAUCCAACGUUAUCAACAUGUACUGAUAGCGACUUUAUUGCAGGUGGCAAGCUCUGGUUGAAGGGCUAACUUGAUUUUGGCUUCAUAAACCCUAUAAAAAGAUUGUUCAACUGUAAAAACUACCGAAUCACUGCUACAGAAAGGGGUGUUUUGACUCUUUUCCAUAGGGGGAAUGUUAACUCCUGAAGAGGGCCAGGUGGUGGAAUAAUUUGGUCGACAUGGGUCUUCGACACGUGUGAAAUGGAGUGGCCGGUGGUAGUCGAUGGCACGCGGCGGCCGUACAUGGGUGGCCGGCAAAGGUGGAUACGAAGAGAGAGAGAGAGAUUAGGGUUUGGAUGGUGGUCUUGGUUCGUGGAAUGGGUGGGGUUUUGGGGGUUAGGUGAGCCGCCGCCCCUACCCUACUUGCUUUCCUGUGUGAGAUAUUUAAUAAUUUCACAUUGGUUUCCUCAUUUUUUUCUUUGCCCUCUUCUCCAAGUUUGGCUCUUUUGGUUAUAUGGGCAUUGGGUUUCCCAAAAAGAGGAGAUGGGAGAAGAAGAAGAAGACAGAAACCAAUACAGAAAAAGGGGGGAAGAAAGGGUUUUUGGAUUGGAAGAAAGGGAAGUUUGGGUUAUGGCCAACUUGGGGGUUGAGUGGCUUCAAUUAUGUUUGUUUGUUAAAAGUUAACAUCUUAAUCUUGUUAGAUGACAUGGAUAAGAAGAAACAAAGUGUGGAUAAGUAUUAAUUAGGGAUGUUAAUUUUGAUCGUAUGUCGCUUUUGUACCGGUCGUUUUAUC